GAAGAAAAAAGCAAAACAUCAUGGCUGCGCCCGUGGAACACGCUGUAUCUGUGACCACGACGACAGACACGGACAAAAUAGAACUAUCAGAAACGCCCGAUGGCCCAGAAUCACCAGCUCCAGAGUCCUCAGGUCAGGUUUCGGGUCCAGAAAAUGAUGACGACGAAGAGGCGAACGGAGGCGAAUCUCUAGCGCCGCGGGUCCGAGACACCCCGCAGGAUAUACGGCUGGAGGCGAUUGCCAACACGGUGGCGCUGCACCCGAGCCGAGAUCUUCUGGUGUGUGGGGAUGUAGACGGGGACGUGUACGCCUUCUCCUACUCUUGUACAGAGGGUGAGAACCGGGAACUGUGGUCCUCAGGGCAUCACCUCAAGUCCUGUCGUCAGGUGCGCUUCGCAGAGGACGGACUGAAGCUGUAUACUGUGUCCCGGGACAAGUCCGUGCAUCUGAUGGACGUAGAGCAGGGAAAGCUGGUCACCAGGAUCCGAGGGGCCCAUUCUGCCCCAAUCAACAGCCUGCUGCUGGUGGACGAGAACAUCCUGGCAACUGGAGACGACGGAGGAACAAUGAAGGUGUGGGACAUGAGGAAAGGGACGGCCAUCAUGGACCUGAAACAUCAUGAUGAUUACAUUAGUGACAUCGCCGUAGACCAGGCUAAGAGGAUUCUUUUAACAGCCAGUGGUGACGGGACUAUGGGUGUCUUCAACAUUAAGAGACGUCGGUUUGAGCUUCUGUCGGAGCCCCAGAGUGGUGAUCUGACUUCAGUGGUGUUAAUGAAGUAUGGAAAGAAGGUGGUUUGUGGUUCCAGCGAAGGGACUAUGUACAUCUUCAACUGGAAUGGAUUUGGAGCUACAAGCGAUAGAUUUGCUGUCAAGGCAGAGUCCUUGGAUUGCAUGGUUCCUGUCACAAACAACAUCGUGUGCACAGCCUCCAUGGAUGGGUAUAUUCGAGCCAUCAACAUCCUGCCAAACAGGGUUAUCGGCUGCAUCGGGCAGCAUGUUGGGGAACCCAUCGAAGAGAUCGCCAAGUCCUGGGACUCUCGCUUCCUAGUUAGCUCUGGUCAUGACCAACUCAUCAAGUUCUGGGAUAUUUCUGCUUUGCCUAAAACGACUGUCAACGAAUACCGCAAGAGGAAGAAGAAAGACGGACGCAUGAAGUCUCUGACUAAGAAGGCUCAUGGAGACAAUGACUUUUUCUCAGGACUCAUGGACGAGAGUGAGAAGAAAGAUGAAGAAGAAGAGGAGGAGGAGGAUAGUGAGAGUGAUAGUGGCAGCGAUUAAACCCGUAGUUUCACUUAGAUAAACUUUACUUUGUAUUAAAACUCUCACUCCCUAGUUUGAUUGUUUGUAUUGAAUGGCAUUAUGGACAAAACAGGUUGGAACUGGCCUUGUAGUUCCUACAAGCUUUGUAUCAAUUUGUUAGACAAGCUGAAAUAUACACAAACCUUCUAUUUUGUUGUUGUCCUUGUAACUGUGGUGGCUGGUUGUCCUUGCAUAAUUGAUAGUUACCAGCUAACUAGUAAGUGCCACAGCAAAUCAGAUAAUUGAGAUGUUGGCAGUAUCUCAAUGGUGAGUUGUGUAAAUGGCAUGAAAUGUCAUGUACAUGUUCCUCAAUUUGUAUUGAGUCAAAUAGAUUUUUUCAUUGUGCAAAAAGGUAUAUUUAUAAAAGAAACACUUAAUCCAUA